AUGAAUUAUCUCUCUCUUUCUAGGGACUUAUCAAAUAAUUCACUGCGACACAUUCCUCAAAACACUUUCCGCAAUAUGAAGAAACUGGAAAUAAUGUAAGGGAAUUCCCAAUGAUUUAAUUUAAACAGUUUACAAAAUGUGGUUGGAAUAUCCUACUAUCCUUGUAGAGUCUACCUCUAUUUUUAAUUAUAUCGACUUUAAUUAGCUUUGUUAUGAUAAACAACUAUUCACCUAAGUGGGUGUGGCUUGAAGUGGAUAUUUACCGGGCCAAGAAGAGGCGAGAUAAAAUAUCCCUCACUAGCCACUGACACUAAGGUGAAUAGUAUUUUUAGCUAGUAUGUAGUAAAACAGCGAGAUAGUGUAACGUAUUACUUUUUCCUCGAUGCGUGAGCGGGUGGUAUUCUACAAAUCCUGCAAUCUGAUUGGUUUCGAGAGGGCGCAGUAUUCUCCCGUCUGGCCCGCUCACAGCGGGCGGCACCCUAACCGUUGCAUGUUCAGUCGCCUAUACAUCCCUAGCUCAGUUGCAAAUUUUCAUAAAUAAGUAUUUUUUCGCCAGCUGAGAAGCAUUUUUAAGCAAAGACAUCGGUCGCGACCUUAAGCUGAUCAAUAGCUUAAUAACCCAAUAAUUCUCUCUCUCCCUCCCUCUCCUUUCUCUCUCACUCUCUUUUAAAUCACUUUGGUUUUUCAUAAUAUUUGUUAUCAUUUCUUCCCAGAGAUCUUUCCAAGAAUUCAAUUUCAGGAAGUUUUUACCUUCCAGAAAACGUUCACCAUCUGUGAGUUAUACUUGAUGAAGUGCUUCUUAAAGCUGUUUGCCACAGAAUUAAAGUGCAUCUAGUUUUACUGCUAAAAUGUUGCUCAAUUUUAGCUUGUAUUCUCAAGUCAUUAUGAAUAAAAUGAUGAUGAUCCGCUACCAUUAGCUCUUCCUUUCCUUUCGUUUGUCUUAUUUUCUCAAAGAAAACGGUGCUUAGAUAUGUGGAUGCAUGAAACAGCGUAUUAUAAAUGAGGCUGCAUGAAUUAUUUUAGCCCACUUUCUAACACUUAUAAACUGAUUUUAGAUAUUGCAUUUGUUUAGGAUAAUCAGUCACAACUUACUAUCAAUUGCUGAUGUGAAGGUCAUUCUUAAAGGAUUAACACGGCUUCACAAACUGUAAGUGUCACCCUUUUAAAUGAUUUAAAAAUCACAAAAAAAUAUUUUCGAAUGCUUUAAGCAUAUAAUCGUUGGAAAUAUUCGUCAAAUACUCCUUCAUCACAGUUCACAUCAAUAGUUCAUCACAGUUUAUGAGGAAUUAAAAUUUCACAACACAUAUCAGCCUAUAUGUAAUCAUCAGAUGAUUGAAACUCAUUUCAAACAGUUUACUUUCUCAGAAAUCUUGGUAGAAAUCCACUUGGACCUUCUCUGCCAUCAGAUAUCUUCACUGAGUUUGAAAAUAUGACAUAUCUGUAAGUUCAGUGGUUCCAUAAAUUACCAACUUAUAAGGAGUAUCAUAUUGAACGUUUGUUUCACUAUCUAGUGACACUCGAAGUAAAUCCUGACGUUUCAUCCGUGCAUAUUUAGUUUAAUUCAGACGCCGAGGUCGAUGGCUACCUCAUGAAGCAUUAUACUCUGCUGUGAUUCGCUGUGGGACACUGUGAUGUGGCAAUUCUGCUGUUGUAGUUCUUGAUCGUUACCUUCCUUACUUUUGGAUUUUCUGCUAGAUGGAGUCUUAUCUGAAUCGCCCCUUAAAGUGCGUGUUUAAAAAUAGGAAGCGCAGUCAAUGAACUUUUUUCCUUAUCAAAUCGAGCGGUUUUCGCUGCCGAGUAG